AUGCCGAGCGCCCACGAGGCCUUCAAAGCUCUUGGCCCAAUCAAUUGGGAAAACGUCCCUCAGGAUAAACUCGACACGUUCCUCAAAGACGCAUUCACCGACGCCCAAUGUGUAAUCGAUUCUAUCCCUAUAUCCUCCACGUCCUUGCAUCACCUGGGAUUGCCACGGUCAGCUACUGACACCAAUCUUGCCUCGCUACCCAACAGAGACCACCAAUUAUCAGACCAUGCCGCGAAGCUACGGAAAGAAUGGAAGGAAUGCAAGGUCAAUCCACGUGACAAUCCCUUAGGGCUUGAUGUCUAUAAGCUGGCGGCUAAGGAUGGAAACGGUGCCUGGUUUGCUAGGCGCAGCGUUCAUCACGGUUUCGACUUCGAAAAAUGGAAAUUGGGACUGGAUAAAGAAUUCGAUGAGAGCUUAAAAGUAGAAGGGGGGCCUGGUGCGGGGAGUAUCAGAGGAAUUGGCGCGGACAGAAAGAUCGUCAGCCAAACAGUUGAAGGCGUCGGUAACAUGCGGGUAUAUCAAUUAUCGGCGCAAUUCCCUGGGCCGACAGCACCACGAGACUUUAUCGGUCUCUUGCUCAGCUCCGAAUCGGUUGUCGAUGCCCCGGGUACGCCUAGGCACUAUAUGCUUCUCUCGAAACCGUGCCUUCAUCCGGAAUGUCCCCCACGUCAGGGUUACAUUCGAGGCCAAUACGAGUCGGUCGAGUUUAUCCGUGAAAUUCGCGUGGAGAAGCCCCUACGGAAGAUCCGAUCAUCCAUAGAUCUACCUAAUGACGAGGCUGCGGCGUCGAUGCGGAAAGCCACCGAAAACUUGACCAAAGAAGCCACUAUCCGUUCAGCCCGCCAAACAGCCGAAUCUACUAAAAGUGAGUCUGGAAGGAGGCGAGGGAAGACCAUUGGUAGUACGGAUGUUGGAGAUGACGGGGAGGAAGAUGACGAUGACAACUACGAGGCUGUGAUCGAAUGGUUAAUGGUUACUCGAAGUGACCCAGGUGGUAGCGUUCCACGCUUUAUGAUCGAAAGAGGGACCCCGCCGGGUAUUGCUGGAGAUGCUAACAAGUUAGUCAAAUGGAUUUCGUCAAAGUCCAUUGACGAAUUACUCGAAUCAGACAAUAAAGGCGCGGAACCCAAAAGUGAAGUAUCUAAUACCAAGGAAGUAGAGCCCGAGAGACCAGCCAGGGCAGAUCCUACACCGACGAAUACUGUCCACCGCACGAAAGCGUCACAACCAGCAAUUACCAAGCAGCAAGGAACUGUUGAGGAAGAGCCUGGUUCCGUAGGAGUUUACGGUAUGAUAGCAAGUGCUUUGAAUGCUGCAGCUUCCGUAGCGGCUUCUCGCAUUCCCAAUCCCUUUGGAUCAGGCAACGGCGAAAAUACAACAGAUGCGUCAGAUCUCACCUCCGAAAAUCUGGACGAUGACGAAUCAUCCAUCCUUAGUUUCCAUAGCAUAGAGGGCGAAGGGAUAGACGAAAACGAUAAUGCGUCGCAAAAUCCGGGAGAAAGCUCAGUCCAACUUACGGCUUCAGUCACUAACGGUGGCGCGGAGUCUACGGUCUCUAGUGAAUCGCUCACGGCCCGCUCGAUAGCACCAUCGCACCACGAUAAAGAGCUUAAGAAGCUUGAGGAACGAAAGCGAAAGACGGAAGAGAAGCUACGCCGGGCACAAGAGCGAGCACUCGCUAAACGCGGCAACGGAGGCGCGGAAUCCUCAUCCCAACGCGACGAGGCCGCGAUGCAAAAGCUGCGCGAGAAGCAUGAGCGCGAGAUAGCGAGGCAGGAGGAGAAGUUCCAACGGGAACUAGCCAAGCUAGAAGCCAAGCGGGCGAGCGAGCAGAAGAAGGCCGAGGAACGGCGGCGCAAGGCGCUCGAACGCGAGGAGAAGACCAACCUAGCCAUGGAGCUGGAUAAGGUGCGCGCCGAGCGUGACCUCGCGUACAAGCAGAUGGACAUCCUGAAGGAGCAGAUCGGCGAGCUGCAGGCCCAGAACACGAGGCUGGUCGCGCGCCUGGGCCGCGAGGGCGCCAACGUAGCGGACGACAGCGACGACUCGGGCCCCCUCGGACCGAUCAGGAGGUCCAUGACGGACCGGACGCCGCCUGAUCACGAGCCCAGGCGCACGGGUUCGCUGCACUCGUAG